CCUCGGCUGCCGAGAUCCCGAAUCCAAGAUGGAGUCUCUGAGUAAAGCGGGGCAGGAGAUGAGCCUGGCGGCCUUAAAGCAGCACGACCCCUACAUCACCAGCAUCGCCGACGUGACCGGUCAGGUGGCCCUGUACCGCUUCAACCCCAAGGCCAACGAGUGGGAGAAGACUGACAUUGAAGGUACCUUAUUUGUCUAUAAAAGGUCUGCUUCACCUUAUCAUGGCUUUACAAUUGUGAAUCGACUGAACAUGCACAACUUGGUUGAACCUGUAAACAAAGAAUUAGAAUUUCAGCUGCACGAACCCUUUCUGCUGUAUAGAAAUGCUAAUUUGUCAAUUUACAGUAUCUGGUUCUAUGACAAGAAUGACUGUCAACGAAUAGCAAAACUCAUGGCUAAAGUGGUACAGGAGGAAACACAGAGAUCCCAGCAAGUGUUGCAAGAUAGAAGAAGUAUCAGCAGAAUUAAUGGGUGCACUGAUAUCCUAGAGAUGCUUAGUAAAGCCAAAGUUGAAUAUGAACGGAAUCAGAAGAGCGACUUAAUCUGUGGGACACAACAAAGUGCAAAUCCUAGAAGGACUGAAAGUACAGAGACUUCAGAGCAUGGAUCAUCAGCGUUACAAAUGCAAGACCAUCCAUGUCAGUCUAUACCUAAACAUCUAACAGUGGAAGAAUUAUUUGGAACUUCGUUACAAAAGGAACCCACUACAGUUCCCUAUUCCAAUCCUGAGAGAACAGAGAAAACUGAUGUUGCGUGCAGAGAGCACAAUUUACUCCUACCUUUUUCAUUUGAGCAGUCAACAGUGAUUCAUCAGCCUCUGGGAAAAUUGGAUGGUCCAAACUUCAAAAGUAAUUCUUCUACCUUAUUGCCACAGGAGUGUGUGCCACCCUUACUAAUUGCCUCCCCUUCGGUUUCACAGCCUGAACUAAAUAAAGUUUCAAACUAUACUGUGCCAUUAAGCCCUAUCCUUAAUCCAGCCUUGGCAACAGAAGCUUCCUGUGUGCAAGUGCUUCAGAGUAUGAAUACAAACAAUAACAAAAUGCAAGUUAUGCAGCAGACUGCCAAGCAAAUAUCUCUACUUGUGAAUCAGCCAUCAUCUGAUAUGAACCAUGGUCCACAAAUUAUAACUCCUGGUCAGAACCAUUUCUUAACAUCUUUGGUUACAACAAAUACAGGAGAUGCUUCAAACACACCACUUCCAAAUAUGGAUCUUCUUCAAAAACUCAGGUUGACCCCACAACAUGACCAAAUACAGCAGUCACUUAAUAAAACCCCAGUAGCACCAAACUCUGCCCCUGCCAUUAGCCAGCUGGCAACACCAGAUUGUUUCAAGGAAUCCCACAUCAAGCAACCUGUAACUGGUAAAAUGAUUCCACCUGUUCAGGUUACACAGCAAAGCAAGGAGCUUGAAACAUUUCCACAUCCCAAAGUGUUGUCAAAGGCAAGCCAAGUUGCUUCCCCCCAGUUCACGACAGCUACAACCACAAUGGCACCGUCAGUCCUCUUGUCACCCAGCAUGUUCCAGCAGUCGGCUAUGAAAUCCUCUGAAAUUGAAAACAAGGCUGGUUCCUCUUCUCCUCCCACGCUUGGAGCAGUGGAUGUUCAUACAUCACCUCCUGCAGUUCUCAGUAGAUCUCAGCUUCAAGAAACGUUAAUACAUCUAAUAAAGAAUGAUGCAAAAUUUCUUAAUACUCUUCAUGAAGUCUAUUUACAAGUCUUGACCAAGAAUACAGACAGCAUCAAACUAUAACUGAAGUGAAUUCAAUUCUACUGACCACCUAUCUGCUUCAGAAACAAUUAUGCCUCUUCUGUAAAACUGUAUUAUUUUUAAAAAUAGUUUUUAGUUCCUGAAGUCUUAAUUUUUAGCCUCCUUGGAGACAUUGUUCCUUAGAUGAAUUGUAUAAAUAACGUUCUCAGAAGUGAACUAGGUUUCACUGUGACCAGCAGGCUUUUAUUUCUGUAUGGGGAAAAUGGUCUUCAUGUUAAACAGCACAUUAUUAUUUUUUUGGCAGUUUUGAAUAGUGUAAAAAUGUUUGGUCUGGUUCUCUUCCCUCCCCCCUGCACCCCACUCCCUAAUGUACACACACACACACACACACACACACAGAAAAAAACCAGGGAAAUGUGGCCUAAGCUUUGUGUUUGGCAGUUCGAAAUUUGAAAACAGCUUCUAAUUUAAAGAGCCGUGGAAGGACUGCAGAAAAUAAUUUUAGGGCUUUGGGAGGAAAUGGAUAUGCACUGUAAAAAUUCUGCUUUUAGCCUUACAACUGGAUGGCCUUAGGGUGGUAUUGACCAACAAAUUGGCUCCUAUAAUGGCAGAGCUGAGCUAUGUAUUCAGUUCUACUAGGACAGAAUCAAAACUUGCUAUCAAAUAUCCCUUUAAUGAUACCUUUAAUGUGUUUUUGUUUGUUAAAGGUACUAUUUUUAAACAAAUAGUUUUUAAACAGCAAUGGAUGGAAUAUCAUUGUGGUUACCGUGUUAUCCUAUCCAGGUGGAAUGAAAAUUUUGGAAGAGGUUUUCCUGUAGAAAGGAUGGGCUGGUUCCAGAGAAAUGUGGGUAACUUCAUUAUGGUCUUGGCACAUGAAAAACAAAUACAGUCUGACCUCCCCAGGGUUUUGUGAGUCAUUCUCAUAUAUGGGUUAAGAUUUUAUUAUAUACCGCUGUAAAGAUCAAACUUUUCCCCAAAGGAAGUCAGACUCUGAUCUAUUUGUUUGAUAUGCUGCUAUUGGUCUCUUCGUGACGUGUAUUUAUUUCAUAUGGCAUGUAAUAGUAGCUAGCAAUACUCUAGUGUAACAUAAAUCUCAAUUUAUUCAAGCAAUAGUAAUGUUUAAAGGCUAGGGUCUUUUGUGUGUGUGUUUUUUUAGUAACAAUGCCUUUGUUUUAUAUUGUGAAAAGUAAUUUGUAAUCAAUUUAACCAGUCAACAUGCACUGCUUAUUCUUCAAAGCAUUGUUGAAAUGUAGGAAGAACAUGGUUUUGGCUCUACAUUAUUUUCAACAGGUUUCCUGUGCAAUCCAUUGAAAUGGGGAGGGUUUGCAAAAAAGGGGGGAAAAGCACAGCUGGGCUCUUGUACAAGCCCCAUUCGUUCAGUAGAGUGUGCAAUGGAAAAGAAGAAUGUAUCUGUUAACUUUUAACAUUUAAUUGUGAUAAUGAUGACAGCAUCAAUGUCCAGAUACUAUUUCUGAUUCAUCAACCAAGCUUUAAUUAUUAUGGACUCCACUACUAAUCAGUGUUUUUGAUAUAAACAGUGCGUUGAUUUUUUUAAUCAAUCAAAAUAUAUACUUCAGUUUGAGUGAUUUUUAAGUAGAUGUUUUUAUGUUUAGCAAACUCUGCCUUCUGAGAGAACCUUUUCAGCCUUUGAACUCAGUGUUUCUAGUUACAAACCUUGUAUUUUAUAUUGGAUAAGUGUGCAGAAUUCAGGGAAAUAUGUUAGUAGUGACAUGCACAUUUGACUAAUGUAUUGGCUUUAAUUGUGAAAUUCCAAUGCAUCUUUUCAGGCUUUCUAGAUUUUUGUAGAAAACAUGAGAGCUCUCUAUUUGUGUGCUGGACCUUUAGUAGCACACCCAUGUAUGUGUACCACCAACAACAAUGCUUGCUUAUCUAAAACGUGUGUGUUGAAGCUUUUUCGGGGAAGGAAACCAAGCCAGUGCAGUACUCUUCCAUAUCUUUAAGCAGUUAUAUUACCUGAACCAAAUUUAUUUUAUGCUGUGUUUAUGGAUAACCAAGAUGAGCAGUCAUCAAUUAUUCUGCAUGGAAAGAAGAAAGUCAACCAUAAACAUGAGAUUGGUGGUGACAAUGCAUGUUAAGCAUAGUGCUAAUGAGUUGAACUCAGUCCCAACCUUUAAAGUAAGCAUUAUAUCCAAAGAAAUAAAACUAUAAAGGGUUCCCUGAUAUUGAAUGUACUGUUAAGAUCCUGUGUCCAACUGUUAAGGAGGAAGGGAAUAUUGUGUUAAAUAGCAAUGACAUUUCCAAUAUAUUUGUUCCAAUACACUUUGUACUCCCAUUCACUAUUUUGCAUUGUAAUUCCCUAGAAACCUCAGUUGGUAGCCGGCAGAUUUGAAAUCUCAGUUGUUUGAAGUAUGUACAGCAUCAAGAAAUAAUUCUCUGCUUCCAAAGAGAAUAUCCUUAGCUAGAAGUUGUAAUGAAAGUUUAUCUAUUUUUUGACAGUAGGUUUGCAUUUAAUCUUGACUCUUAUGCACAUCAAUGUUACAACAUUUGUGUAUGUAGCAGGCUCAAGCUGGGAGAAUGGAGGUGUACCACACAGUACAAAGCACUGUUAGCAACAUUCAGUGUACCACACUAGUGCUCUUAUUGCUUGUUGUAAUGUGACAAUAAUAAUAAUAAUAAUGAAAAACUUUUUAAGAAUUGCUUUGAAAAACAAACUUGGCUGCAAAAUUAACCCACAGAUGUUUACAAAACAUGGAGAUGACUAGACAGCUUUACUGUGGUUACUUUGACAUUUUUUAAAGUCCAAGUUUGGAUUUAUAACACAUUUGAUUCUUAUUACCUGCAUGCAACAGUAACAAAUGCAUAGCUAGCCAACCUCAACUUUUCAUUUGAGCUUUUAUUUUGGCAUGGUAUCUCUAUUUCCUUUAGACUAUAUUCCCAAAUGAAUAUUCACUAAGCAUGUAUUUUUCUGUUGCCUAUAUGAAGCUUUUAAAAAAUGCCUAAUGUUUGUCUUCUCAAAAGUGGCUUUAAACAUGCAGCUUAUUCAAGGACUGUUUGCCGUUUUGUAGGUAUUAACAACAUUAUUUGAAAGAUGUGCCUAAUAGCUAUAUAUUUGUAAAACAACUUGCAAAAGUUAAAUAGACUGCAAAGACCUAAGGCACAAUGUGAAGCAGGAAAGCAAUUUGUGUUAAUUUCCUAAUUUGACAUGAAAUUUAAUUAUGUUUUAAACAUAAGUUUUAAAUUUUCCUAGACUUCUGUUUUGAUUGGGUUUAGUGCAUUCCUUAUAUCCAUGAAUACUAUACUGAAGAACGUUUCUGGAGUGUUCUCUCUCUCUCUCUCUCUCUCUCACACACACACACACACACACACACACUGUGCCACCUUUGUUGGCUACUUGAGUUGCUUAAGCAUAUCUUAAAAAGAGGAAUGUGUGCAAUAUAUAAUUCACCUCAGUUUUUGACAUCUUCACAAAAAUGUUAAGAUGCAAUAUCUUCACUUUAAGUGGGAAAAAAUGCAAUAAGCUUCCCCUUGUGGUUUGUUUUUGUACCAUUGUGGACACAUGGUGGUUCUUUGUUUAAAAAAUGCACACUACUCAAAUGUUUGGGUUUACUGUUUUAAUUUGCACUCCAUGCAUAUUGAGCGUUUGAGGUGCUUCAGAUCUUUGGGAUUUUAAGUAGCAAUGUUUGGGAAAACAAUGGGCAUGAUCCUGUCCCACAGGUGCAGGACCCACCCCUGUAGAAUUCCCACUAGCUCAACAGAGCCUUGCUUUCCUAUUUCUGUGGGCACAUGGAAUGUGCAUGGAGCCAUUGUGGGGGGACAACUGGAAUCCUUGUGCACACCUCCCAUGUUCUCCAGCUCUCUUUAACUGCUAAGUGCAAGUUAUUUGUGUUCCUAUGCACAUCUGUGGCGGUCUGGGAGUACUGGGAAUAGGGUUAUUUUUGCCUGUUUGAAUGCUCCGUAUGUUGAUGCCACAUCUGUGGCGGACUGGAUUAUGCCCAGUAGUUUUUGAGCAAAUUUUUAAACUGUCACCAUAAUGCAUCAUUAACAUUUCAGUAUAUGGGUAUGUAAUUUGUGCCAUCUUAUCAUGUUGGCAAAUAUUAAGUUAUUGCAUAAAUGUUUAAGAAUGAGCAUUUUUCAUUGAAAAUUUUGUAUGUUUGCAGAUAUAUUUUUGUAAUAAAACUUGAAAGACAAA